UCUCUCUCGCUCUCUCCCUCUCCCUCACGAUAUAUUUAUAUAUAUCUUGUGGUUUCACAGCAUCUGCAAAUGAUUGCUAAGCUUGCGCUCAGAGGAGGGUCCUCGCUCCCGAUGUUUCUUCACAGAGCUGACUCGAAGCGUUCUCCUCAGUCGAAAAGAACCUUCCCGAGAUAGUUGAAAGUCGGAGUUGGCCGAAAGGAACCCAAUCAUGAUCAACACCGUGGAGUGCGACGUUGACGCGCAGAGCUUGAUUUCCAUUUCCCUCAUGAAGAUCCACAACUCCAGGACUCAGCGAGGCGGCAUCAAGCUGCACAAAAACCUGCUGGUCUCCUACGUGCUGAGAAACGCCAGGCAGCUUUACAUCAAGGAGAAAUACGCGGAGAUUUACCGGAUGCAGCAAUACGAGGAGGUGAUGACGGUCUGCGACGAGAUCCAGGAGCUCAACCCGUUGGACGCGGACGCGGAGGACGCCGAGAACGAGGAGCGGGCGCGGGCCGCGUUCUGCGGCGAGGAAGCCGCUCUCCCCGGCCGCCCGGCGAGCGCGCUCUCCGGCUGCGCCUCUCCGGGGGACGCUUGCAAAGACCCCGAGCCCUGCUACUACAGAAGCUGCUGCAUGGAGGUCUCCGACGUGUCCCGCUGCGAGCCGUUCCCCGCAAACAACAACGCGCACUGCAACAAAACCACCGUGCUGGACUUGGACACGCAUGUGGUGACCACGGUGGAAAACGGUUACCUCCACCAGGACUGCUGCUGCGACGCGCUCCAAGCGGGUCAGGGCGCGCAGCCCCCCGGCAAGAAACGAAAGGUUGACUUUGGAUGCUGCUUGUGCGACGUGGACGAGGUGUCGGAUUUUGCCCUCUCGCGCAAACGGCCGAAACGCGAGGAGUACGCGAACUGUAACCCGGACUACGCGGACACUUCCAACAUCUCCAACCUGAUCUCCAUCUUCGGCUCGGGCUUUACGGGGCUGCUCAGCAGGCAGGCGGACUUGGAGCAGAUCUGUAGCAAACAGGCGCUGGCCAGUCUGGGAGCGUGGACUCGAACCAUCGUGGCAUUUUGAAUCCAAAACUUUAUUUAAGGCGCGGGGGAUCUUGGCUCAACCGUAUCGCGUUCCCCGCGCGUCACCGGUUGGGGGGAAAUAUUGCUAUCGCUUAUUUAUUUGACCACAUUGAAAGGUCCCGAAUGUGAGCGGGGUGAUCUUCCCAAAGGAGUUGUGGUGACAAAAAAAAAAGGGUGGCGCAGGGUGGUUCUACAAAUGUUCUGUAGAUGGAGACAUUUUAAAAGGACAGGCUUGGGCGAAUGGUGACUGACAUCAUUCCGACGAUGGAAGUCACCUGAACCCUUCAACAGGUCAAUCGGCAGGAAACCGUCAAUGUUGUACAACUUAACGGAACCGCACGAUAACGUAACGCGUCGGGCCAAGUGGCCUUGCGCGUACUUGUGAGUCAGUGGCCGAGGAUGUGCUUCUCGCAAUACGUGACGCGCGUAGUCACAGAACACGUGCACUGCGCCCGCCGCACGUUAGUCAACAGGAGGUGCACAGUUGGGUCAAAGUGGCAGCCGGCUCCAAAUGUGGAUCCAUCUGAACCACGGCUAUGAACAAGCACAAGACCCGCAGUGUGUUCAAUAUGAAGGGAUGAAGAAUUGAUACCUCAUUUUCCUCAUUAGUCCCUACUGAAUGACGUCACUCGCAUUUUUUUUCCUGAUCGGCAGCAAUUGAGCCCAGUUUCCCCUACGAGGUCGCAGUGAGAAUGAUUUUUUUUUUUAUUUUGCAGGAAAGACCUAUUUAAACACUGAGAAAUGUCUAGGAGUCAUGUCACAAACGGCUUAACACGCAGGCGUUCAUGAACGUGCACGUGGAUGAGUUUGAUGGUGGAUUGACUUCUGUUGCCUUAAAAAAACAAAACAAACGCACACUCUUGCUAGCUAUUGUCAAAAAAGAAAUGGCAAGUUUAAGGAAAGUGACUGAAUGUCAACUGUUCUCUCACACUUUUUUUUUGAAAGACUGUGAUUCAGUGCCAACACAUCAAAUCCUGACAGCCAACAGUUUCACUGGGAGUUUGACAUGUAUCUUUAGCGAUUUGAAGCAUUCAAGGUCAAAUAUUCAAAACGAUUCCAAAUUGUCUUGGUUUUGUGAGUUCUACUCUGUUUUUGUCAAGGAAUAAUGUUUGUCCUUUUGUUUUAAAAAAGGCAAAGUCAUUAUUUAGCCAUAACCUGAAAAUCCAUGCGUUAGCUUUAUGAGCACUAUGUGUACCAAAAUAAAGGAGAGUAUUCUGCCAUUCUCUGCAUAUUUUGUUGCUAUUCUUGUAUUUUUGUGCUUGAAAAUUGUAUAUUGCCGGGUAAAACUGUUGCAGAAAGUAUUUGUAAAAAAAAAAAAAA